GUGGAAACCACUUGCCACCUACAAGGCUGUAAAUGAAACUCUUACCCAUGAGCUACAGUAACGGAAAAGAAGUGUUACAUAAGAAGCUUUUAAGGCAACCAAAUGCCUGUGCAACAUUUCUGCACAACAUUGCAAGCUGCUGCACAGUCCUUGCCUUAAGGAGCAGUUUAGUUCUUCAAGUUCUAGAGGAUGUUGUCAGAAGGGUACCUCUGUAUAAUUCCUUAUCAUGAUCUCAUGAAUUACAAGCUCGCUUGCAACCAAGGAGAAGAGACAGUACAUGAGAUGAGGUCUUUGAAUGGCAUCACCUAUGAAUCAACAGAGGAAACACAGGACAGAAAUCUCUUUUGGAGAUGUAAGUCUGUUGGCAAGUUCAUCUUCUCUGUUUGUUCCAAUGAAAACAGAAACAGCAGAAGGCAGGUGGAUACACAGACUCCAAAUCCAGUACUGGAAAGGCAAAUAUCUCCAGCUGUGGAAAUCUGUACAGGACCUGCUAUCAACAGAGACACUUACCUAGUUCCACCUUCUUGUAAAAGCAUUUGCAAGAAUUACAAUGACCUGCAUAUUGCUGGUGACCAGGUACUGCCUAUGAGUUCAGUUAAAACAGAUUUUACCUAUGACAGUGGGAUAGGUCCAUUCCUGGAGUCAUCAGAGAUACCACCACCAAUGGAAUCCAUACCAAUGCCACCUGCUGAGGUCCCUCGCAAGCCAACCAAUAGGUAUUCUUCAUGCUGGAGAGUGGCUAGCAUCAUGCAACACCAGCAACCCCUCUCAAAUUCACUACUGAAUAACUACUUGGAGGAGAAGGUGGUGGAGCUGUACAAGCAGUAUAUCAUGGAUGGCAUGGGUAGCAGUGCAUCCCCUACUCAGAUCUUGGCAUCAGAAUUCAUAAUGACCAAUGUAGAUCAAAUCAGCAUGAAGCUAUCACAAGAAAGGAACAUGAAGACCACCCAAGCCAAGGAUAUGGUCAUUAACUGCCUAUUGCGACUAGCCAGUGGGAAAAUCUCCACUGAAAUGAGCACUCCUAGUCUUCACAUUUCUCAGUUUAGCACUGUGACUAAAUAAAUAAAGCCUGCACCUAGACAUUUCUGAGUCACCUUUGUUAAAAGUAAGUUUCGUUUCAGUAAGGUGAAGUCCCUGGGAUAUGGUCAGAGCACCAAAUACUAACUAUUAUAUAGGCGAACUCCUGCAAGAAGGCUUGGUUUGUAAACCAUACAGAAACCUUAGAUGCCUCCCCCCCCCAAAUGUAAAUGCUUCAUGCUUCCUUCCAAUAAGCCUACUUCC